AUGAGUUUUACUAGACAAUUCAAUGCUUUGAGAUCAGAAAAUAAAGUGACGGAUGUGUUGUUAUGGUCCGUUUUCGCGCUUGGUGUUUUGAAAGCCACAACUUUGGUGCUGAGUCUUGCGAGUUUGAUUGCAGAUUUGUUUGUUCUUCCUGGUGUCAGUUUCAAGAAAUAUGGAGCCUAUAAGGGUAAAUACGGUGUGGUUACCGGUGCAAGUGAUGGGAUUGGUAAAGAAUACGCGCGUCAAUUGGCGAAACGUGGAUUUAACUUGGUUUUGAUUUCCAGGACUUUAUCCAAGUUGGAAGCCCUUAAGGAAGAAUUGGUCGGGAAAUACAAAAUUGAGGUUUCCGUUCUUGCCUUGGAUAUCGCUGACGACUCCGAGAGCAACUACAAGGCUAUUCAGGAGACCUGUGAGGGAUUGCCCGUUACAAUUCUGGUAAACAACGUUGGUCAAAGUCACAGUAUUCCGGUUCCGUUCUUGGAAACCGAAGAAAAAGAACUGCGCGACAUCAUCACCAUCAACACUACUGCUACUUUGAGAAUCACGCAAGUCGUGGCUCCCUUGAUCGUCAAGACCGCUCGUGAGUCUCACUGUAGAGGUCUCAUCUUGAGUAUGGGCUCUUUCGGUGGAUUGUUGCCCACACCACUCUUGGCCACUUACUCAGGAUCCAAAGCGUUCCUACAAGGCUGGUCCGCUGCUCUUGCCGGUGAACUCAAGAGCCAGAACGUUGACGUUGAGCUUGUAUUGUCAUACCUCGUCACCAGCGCUAUGUCCAAAAUUCGGCGCACGUCCAUGAUGAUUCCAAACCCAGCUCAAUUCGUUGCAGCUACGCUCAAGAACGUCGGUAGACGUUGUGGCGCCCAGGAAAGAUACGCUACCAUCACACCUUACUGGUCUCACGCCUUGUACCAUUUUGUCAUUGAAAACACCGUGGGUGUCUACAGCAAGCUGGCAAACGGAAUCAAUUAUUCGUUCCACAAGAGCAUUCGUGUCAGAGCUUUGAAAAAGGCCGAAAGACAAGCCAAGAAGCAGUGA